GAAGCAGCCUCCCACUCAGUAGCUACUGGAUCGAUCUCUCACCAGCUAGCUUCGAUCUUCUGCUUGUUACUUUAUGGCUACCGAUUCUUCUUCUUCUUCAUCAUCAAGCCAUAGUUCGAAAUAUGAUGUGUUCAUUAGUUUUAGAGGGCCAGACACUCGCCAGAGCUUCGUUGGUCAUCUUCACAGGGCUCUGGAACGGAAAGCACUUACCGCCUUCAUAGACACCGAAGAGCUCGAAAAAGGCCAACUCCUUCAAGUGCUCCUCAAAGCUAUUGACGAUUCAAAGCUUUCGGUUGUAGUUUUCUCUGAGAACUAUGCUUCUUCUAGUUGGUGCUUAAAAGAGCUAGCCCGAAUCGUGGAACGUAUGGAUUCAAAGCAGCAGAUAGUGGUACCCAUUUUCUACAAAGUACCUGCGGCCCACGUCCGUUAUCAGAAGGGAAGCUUCGAGGAAGCUUUUGCCGAACAUGAGAACCGUGGUAGCCAAAGCAAUGAAGUGUUGGGGAGGUGGAAACUUGCUCUAACAAGAGCUGCUGAUUUAGAUGGCUGGGAUUCAAGCAAUUACAAGGAUGACGCCCAUCUUAUUGAGCUCGUUGUUGAAGAUAUUUUUAAAAAGUUGAUAAAGACCAGGUCCAGUGAGAGUGAAUACUUGGUUGGAAUGGAAUACCACAUGCAGCAAUUGGAAAUCCUAUUGCAUCCUAAGUCGAAUGAUGUCCGUAUUGUUGGAAUAUGGGGUAUGGGCGGGUUAGGCAAAACAACAAUUGCUAGAGCUGCUUACGACAAAUUCACUUUUAACUUUGAUGCUUGUUGCUUUCUUGAAAAUGUUGGGAAAACUUUCAAGGCAAAAGGUCAAGGACAAAUGCAGGAAGUGCUUUUAUUCAAAAUCUUGAAGGACAGGGUUCAAAAUUUAGGCACUUCGAGUAUGGCUUCCGAGAUGGUAGUGCAAAUGCUUAGUAAGAAAAAACUUUUUCUUGUUCUUGAUGAUGUGGACAAUUUUGCUCAAGUUGAAGCUUUACUUGGAAAUUAUCGUUCAUUUACUGGUGGUAGUAGAAUCAUUAUAACAACUAGAGACAGGCAAUCGCUCAGUAAAUCUGUGAUGAUAUACCGACCAAAGUUCCUAGACUAUAAGGAAGCUCUUGAACUCUUUCGGAAGUAUGCGAAGCCUUCAGAAGAGUAUGAUGAUCUCUUGAGCACAGCCCUGGAAUAUGCUAAAGGGCUCCCUUUAGCAGUUAAAGUAUUGGGAGCUUCUGUUCGUGACAAAAGUAUCUCCGAGUGGAAAGACGAGUUUAGGAGAAUAAAAAAAUACCAGGACCAGGGAAUUGAAGGUGUGCUAAGGACAAGCUUCGAUGGACUAGAAGAAUCACGGCAGAAAUUAUUUCUAGAUGUUGCAUGUUUUUUCAGAGGGAUAAAAAAGGACUAUGCAACACUAAUUCUGGAUGCUUGCGACUUGUUUCCCAUAAGUGGAUUAAGAGUUUUGGCUGAUAGAGGUCUUGUAACUACCUCUGGAAACUACUCCCCGGUGCUGGAGAUGCAUGAUCUACUAUAUGACAUGGCGUUGGGACCUGUUCGUUCCCAAGAAUCGAGACCUCGUAGUAGGUUGACAAUUUUUGAAGAUAUCGAGGAUCUGUUGAUUCAAAAUACCGAGAUGGAAGCAGUUGAAAGCAUAGACCUAGACUUGUGCAAGUCAAACGCCGUGGAGAUAAAUACUGAAGCUUUUGUUAGCAUGAAGAAACUAAGACUGCUCAGAAUCCAUUUCAACCGCUCUAUAGACUCUGUUGAUGAUUAUUACCGUUCAAGUGAUGAGGAAUUAUACCAGUCAAGUGAUAAAUGCAAACAAUCCGUGAGUGGGGACUUAAAGUUUCUUUCCCAGGAGUUGAGGUGUCUCGUUUGGCAUGGAUGUCCAUUGAAGUCCCUGCCGUCAAAUUUUCGGCCCAAGCAUCUUGUCGACCUUGACAUGCGUUGCAGCCACAUUGAAAAACUCUGGGAAGGAACCAAGCGUCUGGAAAAGUUGAAAUUCAUCAAUUUAAGUCGAUCUCCGUACCUUAAAGAGACACCGGACUUAAGCAAGGCGACAAAUCUUGAGACGGUAAACCUUGAAGGUUGUACAAGUUUGUUGGAGAUUCACUCAUCCAUUUCUAAUCUUGAAAACCUCGUAUUCUUGAGUCUUAAAGGGUGCGAAGAGCUCAAGAAUCUUCCAAGCAGCAUCGGUAUGAAAUCUCUUAAUACUCUUGAGCUUUCUGGUUGCUCAAAACUUGAGAAAUUCCCCGAGAUUUCUGUAGUUAUGAAGAAGCUACCACUGCUUAGUUUAGAUAAGACUGCAAUCAAAGAACUGCCUUCAUCAAUUAAAAAUCUCGAGGGACUUGCCACUUUGAGCCUAAAAGAUUGCAGCAAACUUAAGAGUCUCCCAAGCAGCAUUUGCCAACUCCGGUCCCUCAGAUAUGUUUAUCUCUCUGGUUGUUCUAAUCUUGAGGUGUUUCCAGAAAUUUCCGGGCUAAAAGAUAUGGAAAAAUUAAGAGAGCUCUAUUUGGAUGGAACUUCUAUUAAAGAGUUUUCACCGUCAACUUCGGCUCUUAUACACCUUGCUGUAUUGAGUCUAAGAGGGUGCAAAGUGCUUAAGAGUCUUCCAAGUAGCAUUGAAAUGGUAUCUCUUCAAUCACUUAAUCUUUCUGGCUGCUCAAACCUUCAGAGGUUUCCCGAGAUUUCAGGAACUAUGUGCUUGCUUUUAGAGCUUCAUUUAGAUGAUACUGCAAUUGAAGAACUUCCCCAGUCAAUCAACAAUAUUACCUGCCUGAGAUCUUUGAGCCUUAGAGAUUGUGGAGAAAUUACAAGUCUUCCGAGCAGCAUUUUUCAACUGAGGCACCUUGAAGAAAUUGUACUCUCUGGUUGUGCCAAAUUUGGGGUGUUUCCAAAAACUGUUGAAGUACAUUGUACAAAACUUUUUACUUUGAGGAUAGAAGAUUGCGGAGAACUUAAGACUCUGCCGAGCAGCUUUUCUCUACUCAAGUCGCUUACAAUUGUGUCACUCUCUGGUUGUUCGAAGUUUGAGGUGUUUCCGGAGAUUUUAGAAGAUAUGGAAGGAUUAAGAGAGCUUCAUUUGGAUGGAACUUCUAUCAAACAGCUUUUCCCAUCCAUUGAACGGCUUAAGAGGGUUAUGUUAUUGAGCUUGAGGAACUGCAGAAGUCUAGUCAUUCUUCCAGACAAUGUCUGUAAUUUAACAGAGCUUAUACGUCUCAGGCUGUCAGGGUGCUCAAAUCUUCAUAACUUGCCCAAAAACUUGGAAAAGUUGGAAUCCUUGCAGGACCUCGAAGCAGAGGGUAGUGGUUUAAAGCAACCAUUUUCUCUCUUACGCCUGAAGAAGUCACCAUCAUCAUCAACCAAUUGCUUGGUUGGAGUGGAUCGCCACAUAAAUCACAUGCAGUUGCUAUUAUGUCCUCUACAGGUGAAUGAUUAUCGCAUUGUUGAAAUAUGGGGAAUGUGUGGCAUUGGUAAGACAACCAUCACGAGAGCUGUUUAUGAAACAAUUGCUAAUGAAUUUGAAUACCAUUGCUUUCUUGAGGAUGUCAAGGAAGGUUUCAGGAAGCACGGCGCACUUUUUAUGCAAGAAGAACUUUUAUCUAGAAUUUUGAAGGAAAAGGUGCAGAAUGUAGGCUCCUUGGAUAAAGCGCUCAAUAUGAUACAGAACAGGCUAGGUAAGAAAAAAUUUCUCCUCGUUCUUGAUGAUGUAGAUUCUAAGGACCAGAUUGAAACCUUACUUGGAAAGCAACAACCAUUUGGUAGUGGAAGUAGAGUGAUUGUUACAACUAGAAAUGAAAAUAUACUACGUGAUGGAAUACUAACAACUAGAAAUAAGAAAGUAGAACCGGAAAAAUACUGUCCCAAGCUUUUAGAUGAUGAAGCUCUUGAGAUUUUCAGACAUUAUGCAUUCAGAACAACUGAACCCUCGACAGAGUACAAUAGUCUCUUGCGGUCUGCCACAGAAUAUGCCCAAGGUCUGCCUUUAGCACUUAAAGUUUUGGGAUCUUUUCUUUUUGGCAAAAGUAAAUCUGAGUGGGAAGCUGCCUUGGCGAGCUUGAGCUCCAGGGAAGUUGAGUCUGUGUUUAACGGAAGCUUUCGUGGCCUUCAUGAUUUAGAGAAGAAAAUAUUUUUAGAUGUUGCCUGUUUCUUCAAGGGAAUGGAAAAGGACCGUGUAGCAGAAAUUUUGCAUAGUUGUGGCUUGUCCUAUGGUGGGUUAACAGUUCUAAUUGAUAGAUCUCUCAUAGAUAUCUCAGAUAGGGACGGGACUCUCAAAAUGUUUGAUCUAAUAGAGAAGGUUGGCCGAGAAGAGUCCCUCCUAGCAUCUCUUCAUGAUCCUGGAGAACGCAGUAGGUUAUGGACUUAUGAAGGAAUUCAGUGCCUGUCAACUGAAAAUAUGGUUACGGGUACAGUUGAAGCUAUAAACCUUGAUUUGUCAAAGGAAAGAAUGAUAUGCUUCCGUGCAAAGGCUUUUGAUACAAUGGUGAAACUAAGACUGCUCCAAAUAUAUGAUAAUGGCUCCAAUAACUGUAAACAACAUGUGGUUGGAGACUUCGGGUUUAUUUCUCAUGAGCUGAGGUCUCUCAUCUGGCAUAGAUACCCCCUGAAGUCUUUGCCAUCCAAUUUUCACCCAAAGAAUCUUGUUGACCUUGACAUGCGUUUUAGUCGCCUUGAACAACUUCGGAAUGAAACCAAGCUUCUUGAAAACUUGAAAUUCAUCAAUUUAAGUCACUGUACAGAUCUUAAGAACACCCCCGACUUGACUGAGGCUACAAGUCUUAAGAAGCUAACUCUUGAAGGUUGUACAAGUUUAUUUGAUGUGCACCCAUCGGUUUUUGAUCUAGAAAGCCUUGUGUUCUUAAGUCUAAAAGAUUGCAGAAAACUCAAGAUUCUUCGGAGCAGUAUCCAUAUGAAAUCUCUUAAGACACUUCAACUAUCUGGCUGCUCAAGUCUUCAGAAGUUUCCCGAGAUUUCAGAAGUUAUGACGGAGCUAUCAGAGCUUGGUUUGGAUGAGACUGCAAUUAAAGAACUGCCCUCAUCAAUUGUACGGCUUAAGGGGCUUAAUGUAUUAAGUAUCAGGGACUGCACAAACCUUGAAGCUCUUCCGGACAGCAUCUGUAAUCUGGCACACCUUACAUUUCUCAAUCUGCCUGGGUGCUCAAAUCUGUCUGACUAUCCUGACAGGUUGAGGAGUAUGCAAUCAUUGACGAUCGGUGGUAUAGAACAACUCCCAGUCUCGAAAAGAACCAAACAAACAGAGAAGGAAGGAGUCACUAUAGUCUCGGGGGAGGGAAAUUCAUCAGGGUCGGGGCAAGGAACUCAAGGAAGAGUCUACAACCGGUACCACAAGUAUUUGUCGCCGGUGCCAGACCAACAUAGUGAGAAAAGAGAAGAGAGAGAUGAUAGUGGCGGCAGAAGGCAAGGUAGGGGCCUUUCGCAGCUGCUUGAGUUUUUGUAACAUCGAGAAAGAUAGAAAGAGGGAGGCACAUAGGCAUUUGUCCUGUUCUUCUUCUUUUUUUGUCAUGACCGACCUUUUUCC